GCACCUGCGACGGUCACCCCGGUGGUUCUAUUGGCAUUGAACCACACUCCGGAAGCGAUGGCUUGUUACAACUACUACGGGUACGACAGAGCAGGGUCGCACAUCACUGUCAAGGCCACCAGACUAGCCACUGAUCAAAGCCAUGGCUACUACUAUCAACCUCAACACGCAGUGACGCCUGCUUCCCAGACACCAGUCUACCAACAGACGCCCGUCUUCCAACCGACACCAAGUUACAAAGCGACACCCACAUAUCAACCGGGACCCGUUUCCAAACCUGCACCUGUUCCAAGACCGACGAAGCAACAUCCCGCAGAACCACCACAGGAACUAAUCCCGGAUAGCUACGAAUUUCAUUCGCCUCCACCAGUACCUUCUCCGGAACAUGUGGCGAAGGCACCCUAUGAACAUCCUGUCAGUGAGUGUGCAGUUGAUUGGAACCUGGCACAAGAGCAUGAGCUCCAUAGGGAAACUGAUUGGUAUGGCGGGGAAACCGCAGCGGAGGUUCAUAGCCCAGCGGAGGAAGCGACGCCUAUGGCUGUUAUCCAUACAAAAGAGACAUUACCACUGCUCACACGACCGCAUACGGUCAGUCAUACUAGCAAGGAAGGUGAAGGAAGUACCUGCUGCAGUCUGCUCUUUCUGUGCAUCACCAUCCUUGCCGUUUGUUUCCUCUUAUUCAUUUUGUUCGUUAAACUCGUGGAAAUGGUUGUAGAGUUCCGUCGAGACACGCCGGUUCAUAAUGACGACCUGUUCACCCUUAUUCCGGACGACGACGAAUAUGAUCCAGUAAGUGCUCGAAGAAUGGUUGAGGAUACGACUUUGGAAGAUAUGUCAGCGGAAGGUUAUGCAGAUGCAGAUGCAGACGUAACUGGGCACGCCACUUGGACUGGUAGUUUGCUUACGCUGCGGACGCCGAGACCUUUUCUAAAUACCAGCGAUAGGCCUCUUCUAUAGCCCAUGCAUCACCAGUACCACGCAGAAGCGGUCUCUGCUUGACUGAACUGAGUGUGCUGUGUAUGGGCAGAAAGAGCUUCACGAUUUUUAUACAAUAAACUUAACCAGGUACACGCUAA